AUGGCUUCUUUGACUGACACACCCAACCCUUCCGGUACACUUCCCUCACAGUCGCAGAACCCAAAAACGGCCCCCAAUGUUCCUUUGCGGCCUCAAUCCCGGCAAUCUAACUGUAUCGUUACUCCAGUCAAAACACAUGCCAAUUAUGUUCGAACUAGUCGUGAUACUCGUCAAUCUCUAACCCGCAACAACCAGUCUGAAACCUCCAACAAUGAAGAAUCUUCACAUCGAGCCCCCAAAAAAAACCAAUCAACCAGCAAAAAAAAGAGCCAGCCACGACUAUCAAAAUCUUCAAAGGCUGGUCCGAGUUCGACUUCAAAACAAAAGAGAACACCGGUCUUGAAGAAGAGGAAGCGAAACCUAGCAGCUGAUGAGUCUGAAGAUCACUCAGAAUCUUCUGAGGAUAAGGAGGACGACUGCGAAUCAGACUUAGAUGAGAAUCUAGCAGCGAUGAGUCUGAAAUAG